ACAAACAGACACACACCUUCGCAGCCUCGGUGAGCUGGCCUGAUUGACCCGCUGGAGACAGGGAAGCCUCCACACUCACACGGCUGUCGGCGCUGCACUUGUUAUCACGGCAGAGAUGAUUGAAACUUGACCUGGAUUUCUGGCUGUGUGAGGAAUAACCUUCCCUGCAGGAGGCUUCGGAUCCAGAGCUGCCGGAUCCCUUCUGUGCCAACUCAGAGAGGGGAUUUAGAGUUUGCGCUGCGCUGGCAGGAGUCCAUCUCCUCCACCAGAGUUGCUCGGAAGUAAAAGCGGAAUACAAAAAAGAAAAAGAAAAAAAAACAGCCUCUGUUUACACAGACUCAUCACGCUACCUCUUUUAUCCUUACCCGUCUUUGUGUCCUGGCUACUCAUUAUUUGCUGCCUCCUUACUCCUGUCCUCAAGGGAACUUUUAUCCCUUUAACAGCCGCCAUCAGCUCAUCUUGCCACCCAUUUACCCAUCCCAUAAUGAACUCCUCUACCUCCAUUACGUCCCUCUUCUCCUUCACCAGCCCGGCAGUGAAGCGUCUGCUCGGCUGGAAACAAGGAGACGAGGAGGAGAAGUGGGCGGAAAAGGCUGUAGAUUCUCUGGUGAAGAAACUAAAGAAGAAGAAAGGGGCGAUGGAAGAGCUGGAGAGAGCCCUCAGCUGCCCGGGGCAGCCCAGUAAGUGCGUGACGAUUCCCCGGUCGCUGGACGGCAGGUUGCAGGUGUCCCACAGGAAGGGUCUUCCCCACGUCAUCUACUGCCGGGUGUGGCGCUGGCCCGACCUGCAGUCUCAUCACGAGCUGAAAGCCCUCGAGUGCUGCGAGUUCCCCUUCGGCUCCAAGCAGAAGGACAUCUGUGUCAACCCUUACCACUACCGACGCGUGGAGACUCCAGUGCUGCCACCCGUCCUGGUCCCACGCCACAGCGAGUUCAACCCUCAGCACAGUUUACUGGCCAAGUUCAGGAACGCCUCCCUGCACAACGAGCCCCUGAUGCCCCAGAACGCCACCUACCCGGACUCCUUCCCCCCGCUGCCCUGCUCCUCCUUCUCCUCCUCCUCCCCUUCUUCUUCAUCCCUCGCCCAGUCUCCUACCUCGCAGAGUUACCCCAACUCCCCCAACAGCUCAGCAGAACCCGGUAGUCCGUAUCACAUCACAGCUGAGACUCCUCCACCUCCGUACAGCAUGAUGGAGACAAACAGUCAGGAGGAUGUGAAGCCCAGCAACUCCACAGAAACCACAAAACUCACAUUUUCCGCUCCACACAGAGAUUUAAGGCCUGUUUGUUACGAGGAACCCGAGUACUGGUGCUCCAUAGCUUACUAUGAGCUCAACAACCGGGUGGGGGAGACUUUCCACGCCUCGUCCCGCAGCGUCCUGGUCGACGGCUUCACAGAUCCAUCCAACAACAAGAACCGCUUCUGCCUCGGCCUGCUUUCCAACGUCAACCGCAACUCCACCAUCGAGCACACACGCAGACACAUAGGCAAAGGCCUACACCUGUACUAUGUGGGCGGCGAGGUGUACGCGGAGUGCCUGAGUGACAGCAGCAUCUUCGUCCAGAGCCGUAACUGCAAUUUCCAGCACGGCUUCCACGCCACCACCGUGUGUAAAAUCCCCAGCGGUUGCAGCCUCAAGAUCUUUAACAACCAGCUGUUUGCUCAGCUUCUGGCCCAGUCCGUCAACCACGGCUUCGAGGUCGUCUACGAGCUCACUAAGAUGUGCACCAUCCGCAUGAGCUUCGUCAAGGGCUGGGGUGCUGAAUACCACCGUCAAGACGUCACCAGCACCCCCUGCUGGAUUGAAGUGCACCUGCACGGGCCCCUGCAGUGGCUGGACAAAGUCCUCACACAGAUGGGAUCCCCACACAACCCUAUUUCUUCAGUGUCCUAACAUCAUCACACACACACUUUUUGAUUUUUUUUUUAAAGUGUGUGUUCUCGGUCCUUUACACAGGUAGUCGUAGAUUCUGUACGUUUUGCUAUAUCCAAAUUUUCUGUCCUAGGGUCCCUCUCUUGACAUCUGAUGCAAAAUUACAACCGUAUGUAUUACAGUUUUGUUACUCCCAUGACUGAAUUUCAUUUAGCUUAAUUUACAGCUCAUGUAGUUUAAAAAAAAAGUCCUUAUUUUCAGUAUGGUAAAGCAUUUAUCCUCCUCUCUGUUUCCAACGGGACAUGUUAACUGCACAAAACAAGAAAAAUGGGAUAUAUUUGUAGGUACUUAAAAGAAAUGUUAUGUGUUAUAAAUAUUAUUAAGGCAUUAUGUACCAUAUUUCCAUGUGUUGACCAAUGUUUGGCUUUGUGUACUGUCUGCUUUUUACUUGUUACAUUAAAGUUGUUUUUUUUUCUUUAUGAA